GAAUAUUUUACUCCAUUUACGCCGUCUAUACAGCACAGAAAGUAAACAACUUCAUAUACAAAUCACUUAAUUCAAAUAUACAUCUUAAUCGAGACAGACAUCAAUAUAUCUGUUUACAUUUUCCCUUGUAGACGUGCUAUACAUAAUCUUACUAUAUACAAACCAAAGUGGAAAAGUAGGCCAUUUUCCCGCCCAAACUUUUGGCAAAACCGGGUCGGGUCGGGUCACUUCACAAGAUUGAAGUGUUUGACUGCAAGACUGGCGGGGUCGAAUUUAAUUAUCGGUUGCGUGUUGUAAUGAAAUCUUUCAAGUAAGAGCUGCACUGCCAGAUCAGAAUAUCCUAAAAAAUAUCUUAUAUCAAUAAAUAAAUCAAUAGCUUUAUCCGUAGGAUAAAAGGUCAUCUCCGUCCAAUUUUUAUUGAACCGGGUGUUGUGUCUGACUUUCUUGGAUGUUGCACUGUUGAUGUAUAAUACGGGACAGAAACGAGUCUUCUCAACCAAAUCAGAAAUUAGGUCCUUCAAGCUAACUCAAAAUGUCUUCCCCAAGCUUCAGUCAAGUCAUGUACUGUUUCUUAUACGAUGCUUGUGAGGAAGAGAGAAGAAAUAUGUCUUUAGAAUACACAUAGAUAGAUAUAUGUAUGAGUAUAUCUUUCGCAACAGUCACAAGGACGUUGAAAGACAUAUCAAGCUCCUCCCUCAAAACUUGAGGCCGGACGUCACAGUCGGAAUCCAUCCUUACACUUUGCCGGCCACCAGGCGGCCCAACAGCUACCUCUUCAACCUUACGCUAUGCAGGGAAAAUCGGAGGAUUGCUAAGAUGCUAACAACCUCAGUAGCCAUGGCCAAAUAUAAGGCGUCAGUAGCCAUGGCCAAAUAUAUUUUUUCUCAUGUUAAAUAUAAGCGGUUAAAGCAUUGCAAGGCAUUAUUAUUGUUUCAGGUGUUUAUUUUAGGAAAUUGAACAAUGUUUUGGGCAUACUGGAAAGGGGAUCUGGCAAACCAUUCUUCUGAUGGGGGUGGGAAACCAUCUUUAAUACAAUAAUGUGUGCAUAAGAGCCU